GUACCGAUAAGCCACUGAGGAUUUGCUGCUGCUGCUGCUGCUGCCGCCUCUUGACCGAACAAAAGGCCAAACCAAACGAAGCUCAACCCUAACCCCUAAAAUUCCCAAAUUACCAAAAAAAAAAAAAAGAAAACCCAGAAAUCUCAAAGGCGCGACCUUUCUCUCUGCUCUCAAAUCUCCGUCUCUCGCGAUGGCGGCGCGCUUAUCGUGCUCCCCCUCCACGGCCAUCGGCGCUUCGUUAAUCCCCUCCUCGUCGAAGCGCGCGGCGGUGAGCCGAUCCAUCUCCGCUCAGCCUCUCGGUCUCCGGCGGUCUUUUUCCUCCAUCUCUUUCAAUCCUCUCCGGAGAUUUGAGAGAUUGGAGGUGCGAGGGCGGAGUUCGAGCUCACUGAACGGCGCGAUGUACGCCACGUGUGCGGCAUCGGAUGUGAGCCAGUUGAAGAGUGCGAGGGAGGACAUUAAGGAGCUGCUUAAAGAGAAAUUUUGUCACCCUAUUAUGAUCCGCUUAGGGUGGCAUGAUGCGGGUACAUAUGACAAAAAUAUUGAAGAAUGGCCAAAAAGAGGAGGAGCUAAUGGAAGUCUACGAUUUGAAGUUGAACUUAAACAUGCAGCCAAUGCUGGCCUUGUGAAUGCUUUAAAGCUUAUUCAACCUAUCAAGGACAAGUACUCAGGUGUUACUUAUGCUGAUCUAUUCCAGUUAGCAAGUGCUACAGCUGUGGAGGAGGCUGGCGGCCCCAAGAUUCCUAUGAAGUAUGGAAGAGUAGAUGUUACUGGACCUGAGCAAUGUCCAGAAGAGGGGAAACUUCCUGAUGCUGGACCACCUUCACAUUUACGAAAUGUAUUCUACAGAAUGGGACUUAAUGACCAGGAAAUAGUUGCACUAUCCGGUGCACAUACACUUGGAAGGUCUAGACCAGAACGCAGUGGUUGGGGAAAACCAGAAACAAAAUAUACGAAAGAUGGGCCUGGAGCACCAGGAGGACAAUCAUGGACGGCACAAUGGCUGAAGUUUGAUAAUAGCUAUUUCAAGGAUAUCAAAGAGAGAAAAGACGAAGAUCUGCUAGUUUUGCCUACUGAUGCUGCUUUAUUUGAUGAUCCAUCCUUCAAGGUCUAUGCUGAGAAAUAUGCUCAGGAUCAAGAUGCAUUCUUCAAGGAUUAUGCUGAAGCUCAUGCCAAACUUAGCAAUUUAGGGGCCAAAUUUGAUCCUCCUGAGGGCAUCUCUAUAGAUGAGGCAGCACCCGAGAAGUUUGUUGCGGCAAAGUAUUCCUCUGGCAAGAGAGAGUUGUCAGCGGCUAUGAAGCAGAAGAUUAGGGCAGAGUAUGAAGCACUUGGAGGGGGUCCAGAUAAGCCUCUCCAAUCCAACUACUUCCUUAAUAUCAUUAUAUUUGUAGCUGUAUUGGCUCUUUUAUCAUCUUUGGUUGUAAACUAAGUACUAUAUGUAGUUAUCUAUCGUUUUUGUCGAUCCUCUUUCCAAUUUUUUCGAACUGGGAUGUGAUGUUAGCUCAUAUUCAAUGAUCAUGCAUAUUUAAGAGAUUGCUUGUUCAGUUGCA